AUGCAUCCACCAGCCACAUUCGCCGACAAACCAGAAACAUACCAAGCCACACUCAAAAGCCUUUUCCACGGCAAUCCUGAGGACACCGAGGCAGAUCUCUCGAAAAUCUUUACUCCUUCAUUCAAAUUCGAGGCCGGUCCUGAGAAAUAUGACUUCGCCGGCUUCGUAGCGCACAUGCGUCGCUUGCGCGAAAUGAAGCUAGAUGUCGAUCUCACGACGGUGCAGUUCUUGCGUGAUGGGAAUCAGCUGGCGGAGCGCCAUACGUCGGUAACAACGCUGCAGGAUGGCAAGGAGCUAUCAGCUGAGACAUUCAUGUUUGCAGAGAUUGCAGAGGAUGGGAGGAUCAGUUGGAUUAUUGAAGCUGUUCAGUCAAGGGCGUAG